CCACGAUUACGAGGUCUCGGCUAUUGCUCGUCUCUCGGCGUUGUCAUGUCAGAAACGAUAACCUCAUCCUGUGAAAUGUCAUUCGAAAGUUGUCUUCUGAGAGUGGGCGGUGCAAAUGUAUGUCUGUCCGCCUUGAAAGAGUUUCCCAUUUACUGCUUUGGUUUGUUGAUUGUUUUGGCAUGACAGCUCAGUUGUUACUAGACUCCACUGGACUCUGCAGAAUGGAUGCUACAGAGAAACAAGCGAAACGCUCUAGAACCAGGAGCUCUGCGAGUGUCGAGCACUCGCCCAAAAAAUCGAAGGGAACCCCAGUCACCGGGGUGGAUAAAGAAGAGACACCAGGAUCGGGGGCGACAGUACACCGCCGGUCAUCGAGCUCAGCGAUGCAGACGCCAGUGCAACAACGUACGUCUCUUUCAGGUACACCUCUUUCAGGUGCGCAGAGUCACCCUCGGGGAUCUGAUCAAGGCAGGGAGGGAGAACACCAUGUCCGGAUUGUGGGGGUCGCUCAAGGUUCUGGUGGUGGUCGUGGUCAAGGGUCUGGUGGUGUUCGUGGUCAAGGAUCUAGUGGUGGUCGUCGACAAUGCGCAGAAGAGACAGCGCGGCAUUCGGGCUCCGUCGAGAGGUCUGUGCAUGGGGUGUCGGACGUCGUGCCUCUUGUCGACUACAAAGACAAAUUCUGGAUGUUGGACUGGGCAGGCGAUAUCGGGCAGGAUGUAAGUGGUCUGCUUCUGUUCGUCGUUUUGCGAGAGCAACUCAGGCCGGUCGGCGGUAUUGCGUCUUGGGUGGGGAGGGACAAUCAGUUUGCGACUUUCGAAUUGACUAUGCUCCUCAACGACAAAGGCCAGAGAGUUCCAGAUGCGAAUUAUGUUGUUGUUAGGUGGAGUAACCAUAAGGGAUAUGCGUCCACGACGAUUGUCCCGAAAGCAGGUCAGAUCGCUUCCAAGGGCCCCGCUCAUGCACAAGUUCCACCGCCGGCGCCGAAGAAGAUCCGUGGUUUAGCAGCGAAAAAGCCACUGGAUGUAUUGCACGACAUUGUGCGUUCGUCGAGUAUGUAUGGUGCCGCUGUGCAAGGGCAUGAGGAGCACUCGAGCAUGUACGGUGCUAUGCAACGUCAUGAGAAACCUUUGUAUUUCAAAGAUUCGGAGGAAGGGAGCAGCGAAGAAGGAACAGAGAGGGAAGACGAAGAGGAAGGUUCGCAGGAGAGAAGUGGUGGAAGCCAAGGAGAGGAAAAAGAGGAUAGUGGACAAACUUUUGGUGAGAGGGAAGGCCAUGAAUGGACACAAGCCGAGGAGUUAGAGAGACGACGACACUCAAGUGUUCAUGCUGGGCUGUGCAUUGAGCGGAAGGAGAAGAGCGAUGACGAGCACUCCGAAGAUGUGCAGAAGCAAGAAGAGGGUUGGCAUGUGGACGAGCUGCAACACAAACUCGGUGGAAAAUAUGAACAAGAGAGGAGAAUGCAAGAGAGAAGAAAAAGUGUCGAGGAAGAAACAACUACAUCAUCGCCGGCUGUGACUAUUGAGGAUAAGAAAAGGAAAGCUAGGCAGGAGAGAAGAAAAAGUAUCGACCAAAAAAGGAGCAGGAAGGAGCAACCUCAGAAAAGACAAGUGCAGCCACUGCCAAUGGAUGAAGCAGUCCAACGUACUUGCGAUGCAAAAGCUGCUGCAAAACAAAAGCCAACGCGGAAAAAGAGAGUAGCAAAGGGAGGUACGAUGGAGAAGACGGCAGUUUUCCCCGCCUCUGAACAGCCACAGUGUGGCGAUGAGGGGAAAGGCAAAACUGUCACGCGGCCAUGAAGAUUGCAACUGUCGCCAAGUGAGCCAGCCACUUUGCAUCUC